CCACCAAGAACUGGAAUUCGAUCAAACAAACAGCGCAAAUGGAUCAAAAAGGGAAGAAAAGAUACGCAGUACUGGUCGGAUGCAACUAUCCGAACACGAAGAACGAGCUGCAUGGAUGCGUUAACGACGUUCUGGCCAUGAAAGAAGUGCUUUUGAGGCAGUUCGGGUUCGAGACCGGCCACGUGGAGGUCCUGACGGACGAGCCGGGCUCAUCGGUUAAGCCCACGGGUGCCAACGUUAAGGCAGCUCUGGGUCGGAUGGUGGAUAAGGCUGAACCGGGCGACGUAUUGUUCUUCCAUUACAGCGGGCACGGAACUCGGAUCCCUUCUGUUAAACCUGGUCACCCCUUCCGACAUGACGAAGCCAUUGUCCCUUGCGAUUUCAAUCUCAUUACUGAUGUGGACUUCAGAGAACUGGUGAAUCGUCUUCCAAAAGGAACAAGCUUCACCAUGGUUUCAGAUUCUUGCCACAGUGGAGGUCUCAUCGACAAGGAGAAAGAACAGAUCGGCCCUUCUUCCACCAUCACCACACUAACCGCAAACGCCGAUGUGACGGCGAAACCCAAGGCCAUACCCUUUCAGACAGUCCUCGAACACUUGUCUUCUCAGACAGGAAUCUCCACCUCCGACGUCGGAACCCACCUCCUCGAGCUCUUCGGCGGCGACGCAGGCCUCAAGUUCCGGCUUCCGGCGAUGGACCUCAUGGAUCUGCUGGAGACGGCGGCGCGUGAGAAGCACGACGCCGGGAUCUUGCUGAGUGGGUGUCAGGCCGACGAGACGUCAGCCGAUGUCGUCGGAGGAGGUGGGAAAGCGUACGGAGCGUUCAGUAACGCGAUUGAGAUGGUGUUGAAAGAGAAUCAUGGUGCCUUGACGAACAAGCAACUGGUAGUGAUGGUGAGGGAUGUGUUGAAGAAACUAGGGUUUCAGCAGCACCCUUGCCUCUACUGUAGCGAUCAAACCGCAGACGCGGCUUUCCUUCUUCAAUCGUGAACGCUCAUUGAACGAAAACGCUGUUUUCCUGUGAUUUCAUUUGUGCCUUGCUGUUUGUUAUUCUAAGGUUUGGUUUGGCGCU